CUGCAACAAUAACUUUUACUGUAUUGUGGCGUCAGCAAUCCACAAUCAUUUUAUAACUCGGUUAAACAUCUGGUGUUUACUGUGAUGUCACAGAGAGCCUUUGUUGACAUAAUACAUAAUGUUUGAACAAGCGUCGCAUAAGUUACAAUGCAAACUUCCUAACCCCUGCACACACCUCAUAUUAUUUAUGCAACCAAAUGUAGGUUGGCACUUAAGCGUUAAACACUGGUUCAACACAAAUAGACGACUGUUCUGUAAUCAAGUAUUUCUACGAACGGAAGUUAUAGACACGCAUGGGUGCCUCGAGCAAUUAUGAUGCUGCUCAUGUUAUUAUGACGACACAAGGCUCGUUCGACGUUGGUUCGACGCAGCGCGAGCAUCGCGAUUGCAGUUUUAUUUGUUACGUCACAAUUAAUUUGGGCAAUCGGUCAACUCUGACCUAUAAACUCUAUACCAUCAACCAAAAACCUCACAUAUAGAAUUGGAAACGUCAUAAUGGAAAUAUUCAAAGUUUCCCGCCCAAAUUCAAAUAAACGCGGGAAACAACGACGUGUUUAAAGUUAUUGACAUAACUAUGACAUCACAGAAAGGACAUUCUGUUUGCUUGUGACGUAACAAACUCAAUUUGUUGUUCUAGAUGACCGAUGUUCGACUAACUUUAUUUCUCGAACAAAAGUAAAUAAUUAACCUUUCGAUUAUUUAUGACAAUGUUCAUUAUAUUGUCGUAAUAUCAUGUUUGUGAUGUAAUAAUGAUUUAUGGCGAAAAAUUUAUUGGUAUUCGUUUUAGAAUAAAACUUUUAUUUUAGUUUAUUUAAGAUGAUAUUUAUAUUUGUUCUUUACUUUGUUAUUAGUGUCAGAUCGUCUAAAUUACCAGCCCCAGCUAAUUUCUCAUGGACAGUGGUUGACUUGACGUCAUCGUUUACGUGGAACAGGGCUGGUGACGUAACGGAUGACGUCACAUACGUCCUACAAACAUGCAUCAGUCGUUGUGAGAAUAAACGGAGAUGGGCGGAAAGAAAAUGCGGGUACCAUAUUCGUGAUGACGUCAUUAUAUGUGACGUCACGAGCAUAAAACCUGAUUUUUGCGGUGAGGCUAGAGUGCGUGGUUACGUUGGCAACAACCAAACAUUGUUACGAAACAAACACAACUAUAACGUCACAAAGUUUGCAAGAAUACCUUACUAUUGCGUCACAAUGUUAAGUACUUUCACAGCCCCACAAAUCUCAUUUACAAAUAUCCAACCAACAUCAAUCGUUGUGAAUUACAAGAUACCAUCCAUUGUGCUUUGUGCAUUCAGGAAUUUAAUUGUUUACGUCACAGUAGCUCAAUUAUCAGGUGGGGACAAAGAUUGUUUCACCGGUUCACCCGCAGUGUUACGUCAUAAUGCAACGAUGACGAUCGCUGAUAAUGAGGCCACGUGUCCGGAAGUUAGCAGUUUGGGAGUUUAUGACGUCACAGAACUCAAUCCAGGUUCCCAUUAUUGCGUCACAGGGGUGUAUGUGACGUCAUUAGCGGAAAGCAACGCGGGGGUUUCCCGGGUUAAAACCAAAGACAAUGGUAAUUAUGUCGUCAUAAUAUCAACCAUUGUCAUGUGUUGCUCCAUUGUCAUCGGUUGUUACGUCACAAUACGAAAAUAUUUGAAACUUCGAGAUUUGAUUCAAAACGAAAAGAUUCCGGAAUUUCUGAUCGAUGUCAAGAACGAAUUGGAGGAUAGUGAUUAUGACGUUAUAAACGACGACGAGAACACCAGGUGGGAAUUCCCUGAUGACGUCACGGAGUUCAUGAAAUCCAGAACAGCGCGUGAUGACGUCAUACCAUGUGAUGACGUUUUAUUGCGUGAUGACGUCAUACCGUGCAAUGACGUUUUAUCGUAUAAAGACUCCAAAAUCACUCCGCCACAACCGAUUGUUAGUGACGUCACAAUCGGCGUUGUAAACAAACAAUCGGUUCCAGAUUAUGUUCGAAACAUGGAGGUCGGGAAUGACUGUUACUGGGUGAAAUAAACGUUGUUGCAAUGGCCUGUAAAGUUACACUGGACGAACUAUUACGUCAGUGUUCAUGGCGUCACAAUAUAAUGACGUUAUACUCUGUGAUGUCACAUCCAGCGUUAAAAAACUAAUCAGAAGUUAGUUUCCGAAAAAAAGUCACUCUGGUGGUUAGCAUGUAACAUUAUGGUAACUAUUCAUAGAAAUCUUAAGUUAUGUUUAUUGUUGGGGAUUUCCCGCAACAUAU